UACAAAUAAACUGGUGAUUCUCUUCUAGAUGUCCAAUAUCACAGUCACAUACAGAGAUGGCCGAGUGGCACAGCUGGAACAAGUUUACAUACGUGGCAGCAAGAUCCGAUUUCUGAUUUUGCCUGACAUGCUGAAAAAUGCACCCAUGUUAAAGAGCAUGAAAAAUAAAAACCAAGGCUCAGGGGCUGGCCGAGGAAAAGCUGCUAUCCUGAAGGCCCAAGUGGCGGCAAGAGGAAGAGGACGUGGAAUGGGGGGAGGGGGCUUCAUUGUGUUCAAGAUUCUUGGGGACUGGUGGCUGACCACAGACAUACAGGCCAGUGCCGUGUCCCUGUUCACAGUGGGCAGCAAGUAG